GUGAGGUGGUGCGCUGAUAGGAUCGCACAUGGCGGCGAGGAAUAGAGCGUGUAUUCUGGGUGUGACACCUUGAUUUCACAGAAUGGACAAGGAGCAGGUUUCCAAACGUUUGUAUGUGGGAGGGCUUGGCCAUACGGUUUCCAAGGCUGAACUGGAAGAAAGAUUUGGCAAGUUUGGGCGUAUUUUGGAGACAGAGAUUAUUACCAGAAAAGAUGAUCAGGGGAAUCCUACGAAAACUUUUGCUUACAUCAGUGUCAACAUUUCUGAUGCAGAUCUGAGAAAGUGCAUGUCAAUUUUAAAUAAAUCUAAAUGGAAAGGGGGGACACUGCAAAUUGAAUUGGCCAAAGAAAGCUUUUUGCACAGGCUGGCCACGGAGAGGGAGGAAGCAAAGCUACAGAAAGAGAAACCACAGAGAAAUGACCAAAUGUGUCUGUUGGAAUCUCUGAAAAAGACAGGAGUUGUGGAUUUCCACAUGAGAGCAGUGCCAGGUACAGAGGUGCCAGAUCAUAAGAAAUGGGUUGUUGGAAAAUUUGGCAGAGUCUUGCCUAUCCUGCACCUCAGGAAUCAACAAAAAAAUAAAGUGGUGAAAUAUGACCCCUCCAAGUAUUGCCACAACCUGAGGAAGCUGGAGGCAGACCUGGCACAUGCAGCUCCUGUGUCCCAGCUCACCUGGAAGCUGGAAGGGGGAGAUGACAGCACGAGCAGGAAGCGGCGGGGGGAAUUCCCUGGGAUGAGGAAACCAGCGGAGAAACGCAGGCAGCUGGGCAGCAAGGCCCUGAAUGGAGCAGCUCUGUCCUCUGGGUGCCCAUCACAUCCAAAACACACAGACUCACCAGAGCUCAGCCAAAGAUCAAAGCCCAAACCUAGUGAGGAGUCAGAAUUGCCUCCAGCAAGGAGACUGGAUGGGAAAAUAUCAGGGAGAGGUUUAUUAUCGGAUCAAAGCAGUGCUAAUGGAGUUACAGCCAAAAAUAAUACCAGUGUUUCUGAUAGUGACAUUGAUUCUGAAGAGGAGAUCAGAGCAAUGGUAAAGAAAGAGACAGAAAGACAGAAAGCUGUAAAUGUUGAGACUGAAAGUGAGCAGUUGGAAAUCGUUGGGGAUAAUUUUGAAUUAAAAUACAGUAGCCACUGGUCCUUAAGCAAUUUGGAUGCCGUGAAGAAAGGAAGGAACAAAGAGACAGAGACUAUGGAAUGUGAUAAUGGUUAUGAUUCAGCAGAUACAGAUGAAAUUAUUGCUGAAAGUAAACCUCCAGAAGACUCUAAACAGGGGAAGGUGAAAAAUAAAGAAAUAUUAGCUAAAAAAAAAAGUGGUUUGGUAAAUGGCUCCUCACCGAAAACUCGCAGUUUAAAAGAAGAACACAUUAAAAGAAAAGGGAAAAUUAAAAAAUCCACGAUUGCUGCCUUGCAGAGUACAGCAGCCAACAGUACAACCAAGACAUGUGAUAGUGACAGCUCUUGUUCAGAGUCUGAGAAAGGGGAGUCUGAAAUCAGCUCUGAUUAUGAGUCUAUGAUGCAGAACUGUUACCACUUAGACCUCACCUUGGAUGACUUAAAAGCACUGGCUGCAGAAAACACUGGGACACCUGCAGAGGGGUCAGGCAGUGAAGAGAGUCCUUGUCAGCCCAGCCUUGAAGAUAAUCCCAAGGAUAAUACUGCAAAUAAACCAAAACUUUCUAAAUUUCACCCUGCAGUUAAAAAAAAUGCCAUCUGUCCUGAAGAUGUUCUGGCUGAUAUUUUAGCAGGGGAGGAGGAUGCUGUUGAGGAAAGCUCCAAGGGACAAAGUAAUUCACAUUUGAAAUAUCAGCCCUUCAGAGGAAUGGGGUCCCUUUGUGUAAAAGAGUUAAGUAAGGACAGCACUGGGUUAAAGAAGAAGUCUGUAGAAAGUUUGGGACUUGAAGCUUGUACAUCUUAUUGUGGGGAAGAGUCAUCUAAAAAUCAGCCAAAGAACCAUCCCUUGAGUCCACUUGAAGUCAGCAGCAAAAAGAGACACAAAGUGCCUUGUGAACAGCAUGAUGGACUGUCAGCUGCUGCCUCCUCAGCAGGUCGGAGACUUCAGCCUGGUUCUGGGCCUCAUUUGCAAGGGAAGAACAAAGGUGUGAGUUGUCUGCAAGACCAAAAUUCAGAGCACAGAGCUGCUGCUGCCACUACUGAUCAGGGUGAUGGGAACAGUCACAUGGACAGUGAUGCUGCAGGGGCCCAGGAACACGUUAAACAGAAGCUGAAGAGCCCAAAACUUCUUUCCAAAACAUUAAAGAGGAAUACAAGCAAAAAAAGUCCAGACUGUGAAGAUAAUACAGGUGGGAAUGAGAACACAAGCCUUCUGGAAGAUAAGGAGCUUUGUCUUCAUGCUGCUGUCUCAAAGGAGCCCAGUACAAUACAGAAACAGCUCCAGGACAACCAGAGGAGGCUGGCAGCUCUGGAAGAGAGACACAGAGAGAGAGAAUUGCAGAAAAAACUCAUUCAAGGAGCUCUUUCAAAUCUGGAUAGGCAGCCAGCAGGAAAGCACAAACACAUCAUAUUCGAUUCUGAUGGGGAAGACGAAGCUGAAGUGAACGAGAUGUUGAAAAAAGAUGCAAGUUUGGGAAAUAAGCAUGGAGAAGAUAAGUCAGCUCCCAAACCUUCAGGCAGACUGUUUGAUAGCAGUGAGGAUGAGCAAGAGGAUACGGACGAUGAGCGAUUCAAAAUUAAGCCCCAGUUUGAAGGCAAAGCUGGUGAAAAACUCCUGCAGCUGCAGUCCCGCUUUGGCACCGAUGAAAGGUUCCGCAUGGAUGCUCGAUUCCUUGAGAGCGACAGUGAGGAAGAAGAGACAAACAGCCUGAAGGCAGAUGAAGAAGAGGAGCUUGCUGCAGAGAAAAAGAAAAAUCUGGAAAUACUGGGAAGCCUCCUGAAUAUCAACCUGGAGCAGCCCAAGCCAAACAAAACAGCCAUGAAUAUGAAGAAAUUCAAAGAUAUUAAUGCCCUCCGUUAUGAUCCAACAAGAGAGGACCAUGCAGUUUUUGAAAGGAAACCAAGCUCUACAGAAAAGGAGAGUAAGACCAAAAGGAAAAAGAAACAAGAGAGUGAGACCCUGCCUCAAGUGUCUGAAAAAAUCUAUUAUGAUAUUGCUGCUGAUUUAAAAGACUUGUUUGAAUCUUCAAAGAACAAGCCAGAAAAUACUGAGGAAAUACCCUGGGACAAAGAGGAUGCACAGGACUCUGCCCCAGAUGACCAUUUGGGGCCUGAGAACAACGUAGCUCAGGAAUCAACUACUUUCAAGUUUUCCUUCUUUGGAGACACAGAAGAGUUGGGUGUCAAAGAAGAGCCUUAUGUACUUGGAACAAUAAAACCAGGAAAAGUCACAUGGCAAGAGGAUCCACGUUUUCAAGACAGCAGUUCUGAGGGUGAUGAUGAGCCUGAGACGUCAGAAAUUGAAAAGGACCAAGAAAUAUUUCUUUCGCUACCACACACAGAAAAUCCGAGAUUUUUCUUCUUCUCCAAAGAUGAUGAGCGCCUAAGAGAGGGCCCAAGGUUAUUUUGUAGAUCAGUAGAGCUCAGUGAAGAAAGAGAAGGCUGGGAAGAGAGACGUGCAUUAUUGCUUGAGGAAUGCCGGAAGAAGCACAAGGAUGCCAAAAGAAAAGUGAGAGCAAAACAAUAAAUUUUCUUUUAGAGAUCAAAACCUUUUCCGAUUGUUCCUUGAAGAAGUUGCCAAACAAUGUUACUUUUGAAAUCGUUUCAGAGAUCUAAUAUGAUAAAGUAUUGGCCCAAAGUCUUAGCCUGUCUUUCUGAAUACAAACAUGUUUCUUGUGUCAAUUGAUGGUCUGUACUAGGGUUUGUAGGGCUUUGUGUGUAUCCUUUGAAUUUGAGUUGUUUCUUUGCAGGACUUUUAAGAAUUAGAUGGUGUACUAAAGAGAACAUUUUAGUGUGUCCUGCUCUCCAGUGCUGUACAGGCUUGAGAAGGAGCAGGUAGCUCUGUGUCUAUGUGCAACUUGCAGGAGCAGCACUGGAGCAGUGCCCAGGGCCUGGAGUUGUAAACGGGUUCCUGGAGCUAAGGACAAAGUGUUCACAGCUUGGGAUUGUCUGACCAAGCUCUUCUGGCUCCUCCUGCUUCGAGCCCUUGUGGACACACGGGUUCCCUGCAGAGCCCCAGGUGCAGCUCCCCAACUUCCCCCUCUUCUUCUGCCUCCUCCCUGCCUCCUGGAUAAAUGCACUCCCUGGCAUUGCACCAGAUCUGCCUCCCUCCUAGUUUGUUUUCCAAUCAAGGUGGCUCUCCCAUGGAAACAAAAAAAUGGAUGAGCUCCUGCUGCCCCAGCAUCAGGCAGGUGCAGGG